AUGCAGACCCCUAUUCUAAAAGCUCUACCUGCGACCAUCGUGGUGACGGCUAGAGCCUCUCGGGCACCAUCUUUGCGAGCCUUUCAUUCGACCCCUCAUCGUCGCAGCGGGAAUGGCUCUGUGCCCGGGGGCAAGCCGUCCGAUGACUCCAUCACAGAACACGACAAUGAACCCGAGCUGCAACCUGCCACCGAGACCACCGGUGGUCGUGCGAGAAACCAGACACCUGGUGCUUUGAAGAACCGCCUGGCUCGCCGACGAGCAGCCUCCGCUCUGCCGCCUGUCGAGCUGCCAUCCAGCUUUCUCAAUAACAACGUAUCCCUUUACUCGGUCGAGAGGCUACCGCGGCUGCCGGUGGCGCUUGUUGAAGAUGCCACGCGCGAAAAGACGUCGCGUCUCUUCCAAGGUCAUACGUCCUUGUCAAGACAGAAGCACCAAACCUUGCAGUCGUAUUUCGAUACUGCUCUCACCACCUUACUGCUGAGAGAUUGUGAACUUGCAAUGGACUUUGAGCGCUCCAAAGCUCACGAUAAAGGCCGCCACUGGAACACAUCCGCCUCCAUUCAGUCUGUGGUUCGUAUUUGGGACAUGAUCCUCGAUUCUGCGUGGCACAUUGUCGAUUGUAUCUAUCCGGCGAGGCAACCCGAGUAUACGUACAAAGUGCGGCCGUUUUGGUGGUGGGACAUAUACAAGCAUCUCGAUCAGCGCACCCAAAACUCUCGAGACCAACUUCUCGCCCUCACUCUUUCCCUGGACGAACGACUUGGCCACGCGGAGCAACUUGCUUACCCCUUAUCUCAUGCCGUUGCGGACCUACCAGUAGAUACCCUCUUGUCUAUACAUCAUGCAGUCAAGCGCGAUCUACAAGCGUUGCCACCAACAGUCUUCGACGCAAAAUCUAGCAAGCGCCCAAUAACCAUUCUCUCAAUGUCUGGAUAUGGGGGCAAGUCUAUAUCCCAGGCUGUAGGCGAGCAUCUGGCAUUCUGGAAUGACGCAGACCUGAUUCACUUGGAUGCGCAAGAUCUGUCAGUGCUUGUAGGCGACUACUUGGGUUUAAACUGGGCGUAUUCUCGCGGCGCGGUUUCCAUGAUGGGCUUCCGUGCUGCUGAAUUAAACGGCAAGCUUGCGAAAGAACCUGGCGAUAACUCUCGCUUGAGUGAAGAAGAUGACCAUGAUGCAGAGGCCGGCAUUAUCGGCUUGCGGGCAUCCACAGGCUCCCUUGACGAUGACCUCCAAAAGAUCAGACACGGCGAAUAUGAUUGUUUCAGUAAAUGGGAGAAUCUUAAAAUUGACAAAAUCUUGGACCAUAUCAUUCGUGCCCCGGAGCUGAAGGCCGGUUCGCAAACGCCCCAGCGACCCAUUCUUAUUCAUCUUCACGACAUUGUUGAGUUGAGCAUGACGUUGGAAGGAUCACUAUUGCUUGGCAGGCUGAGAACACUGGUCGACACUGCUUGGCAUCAGGGAAUGAAGAUUGCUAUUGUAGGAACAUCCUCAUCUGAAAAGUCUUCUGAAGAGUAUCAGAAUGCAGUCAGCCAAUUUGCAGCCACCGACUGGGUCAUUACACGACACCUUGAGGCAGAUCGAGUUGAAAGACGGACGGUGGCAAAGGCUAGUUCUGGACAGGCCCGAUUUAGCCUCCAAAAAGCAGACUACUUCACAGAAAAUAUCUGCAACAUAAAUCGCAUGCUCAGAGCAUUGAGCCCCAAUGACUCGCCAGUGGUGGUAGAACUUUCAAACGACAACGUCAUAGCGUACCUCCAUUCUGGGAAUCCCAAGUUUUCCCUUUUGCGAGAUUCCAUUCUGCCUAUUCCUGAAGUGUAUCAUCUGGCCUGCGCCUUCAGGGCGCUUGACGACCAAAAUCCAGGGACAGGCCCUAUCGGAUUCCUGGAACGAUGUGUCAUGGGCCCGCUUCGACAACAGCCUGGCCAGCGUUUCCUUGACAAAGAUGACAGCGAGAUGGACAUCGAAGCUGAUACAAACCAUCAGAGUCGCGAAGAGCCUAAGUCUGAUGGACGGAUUGGAAUGAAGCUCAAUGAGUACGAAAAGCGCAUCUCUUCUGGGCAAAUAAAUCGGGAGAAUCUUCGCACAACAUUUGAAGAUGUCCAUGCGCCGAAAGAUACUAUAUCUGCUCUCAAACUGCUCACAUCACUAGCCCUUGUACGCCCUGACGCCUUUGCUUAUGGCGUGCUUUCUCAGGAUAGGAUACCAGGUUGUUUGUUGUAUGGGCCACCUGGAACUGGUAAGACGAUGCUUGCCAAAGCUGUGGCAAAGGAGAGUGGUGCCAAUAUGCUUGAAAUUAGCGGCGCUACGAUCAAUGAUAAAUGGGUUGGAGAGAGUGAGAAAUUGAUUCGCGCGGUUUUCACUUUGGCUAAAAAGUUGGAGCCAUGCGUCGUUUUUAUUGACGAAGCCGAUUCUCUACUUGCAAAUCGCAGCAUGUUUAGCAAUAGAGCCUCGCAUCGCGAGCAUAUUAACCAGUUUUUGAAAGAGUGGGAUGGCAUGGAAGAGACAAACGCUUUUAUCAUGGUGGCGACGAAUCGACCUUUUGAUCUUGACGAUGCUGUCCUGCGGAGGUUACCUCGCAAAAUUCUCAUGGACCUGCCGCUGAAUGCCGACCGCGCAGCCAUCUUGCGUCUUCUCCUACGAGACGAGUCAUUGGACGGUUCUGUGUCACUGGACGACCUGGCGCGGAAAACUCCGUAUUAUUCGGGCUCUGAUCUUAAAAACGUUUGUGUUGCAGCUGCCAUGGCCGCGGUGGAGGAGGAGAAUGAGAUGGCCGCUAAACACGAGGGCCCUGAGCCAUACCACUACCCGGAGCGCCGUGUUUUGCGCAGGGAUCAUUUUGAAAUUGCCUUGAAGCAAAUACCUGCAAGCAUUAGCGAAGAUAUGACGUCGCUGAAGCUGAUACGCAGGUUCGAUGAGGAGUAUGGAAACGGACGAAGGCAGAAGAAGAAGGCCUCCAUGGGAUUCGGGGUCCUUGAAGACAAAGGACAUGCUAAUGGUAGUGAGGCAAGAAUUCGUUCUACAAUCUCUGCGGAAUGA